AUGCUGUGCCCUGUUCCAGGUCCUGUCUUUGGCAGCAAGGACAACUUUCACGGACUGGCUAUUUUCCUUGAUACGUACCCCAACGAUGAAGCGACAGAGCGCGUGUUCCCCUAUAUCUCUGCGAUGGUGAACAACGGCUCCCUGACGUACGACCACAGCAAGGACGGGCGCUGGACGGAGCUGGCGGGGUGCACCGCUGACCUGCGGAACCAGAACCACGACACUUUCCUGGCAAUUCGGUACUCCCGAGGCCGCCUGACGGUGAUGACCGACGUGGAAGACAAGAACGAAUGGAAGAACUGCAUUGACAUCGCAGGGGUGCAGCUGCCAACCGGCUACUUCUUCGGUGCUUCCGCUGGCACUGGAGAUUUGUCUGACAAUCACGACAUCAUCUCGAUGAAGCUGUUCCAGCUCAUGGUGGAGCACCCUGCAGAAGAUGAGACCAUUGACUGGACCAAGAUUGAGCCGAGCGUCAGCCUCCUGAAGUCGCCUAAAGACAACGUGGAUGACCCGACGGGGAACUUCCGGAGCGGGCCUCUGACGGGCUGGAAGGUGUUCCUGCUCCUGCUCUGCGCGCUGCUGGGCAUCAUCGUCUGUGCGGUGGUGGGAGCCGUCGUCUUCCAGAAACGCCAGGAGCGGAACAAGCGUUUCUACUAGCGCAGGACCGGGGGCCUGGGCCCCGACCCGUCUUUCCUAUGGGGAGCUGUAAAAACUGUGGUUUCUAAAAGCUGUUUCUGAGAAAUAUCAGAAGUAUUUUCUUA